AUGAAUGCUGCAGUUCCAGACGAAGGGCUCAUCCUUGACUCUCAGUCAGACGACAGGCUGCGAGCCAAAGCUCUCGCCACUUCAGCCGCGGAGUUACCAGACGGAUACUAUCGCUCAACUCGCGUUGUGGCAACGUUUUCAGCCUUCUCCCUCAAUGUUGUCGCUACGUAUUUUCUUCUUCUGGCGUCAUCCUCUGCUCUUCCUCAUAUACUUCAAGAUGUUGGCCGAAGUGAAAACUCAACUCUCUUCUCAACUCUAUGGACAACUGGCCAAGCUGUCAGUAUCCUAAUGAUGGGUCGUCUUACUGACAGAUUUGGGCGACGGCCAUUUGUCAUUGUUACUCAUAUUCUGGGACUUAUUGGUGCUAUCGUUGCUUGUACAGCUACCAAUUUCAAUGCUCUGUUGGCUGCUAUGACAAUGCUGGGUGUGGCCGCUGGUCCCGCAGGUUCAGCCCCUCUUAUCAUCGGCGAGCUAAUGAGUAACAAAACCAAGUUCUUGGGUAUCCUUCUUGUUUCUAUUCCCAACAUUGUUUCCACUAUGGGCCCCUACUUUGGUCAGCGUCUCAGCAUCCAAGGCAGUUGGCGUUGGAUCUUCUACAUAUAUAUCAUCAUAAGUUCGAUUGCAACCGCACUUAUUGUUAUAUGGUAUCACCCUCCGUCAUUCACGCAACUUCACGGCAAAAACGCCAGCAAGCGGGCUGAACUAGUAAAGGUAGACUGGAUAGGCAUCAUCUUUCUCACUGCAGGAACAUCACUAUUUCUCCUUGGUGUUUCCUGGGGUGGCCAACCGAACAACCCGUGGAACUCUGCCAGGGUCAUCGGACUCAUAGCAUCCGGCGCUGGAACACUCAUUAUCUUUGGCUUAUACGAGGUCUAUGGCAACCCCGAACGACCCAUGGUACCGCCGAAACUCUUCAAAGAUGUUCGUGGCUUUGUCUGUAUUCUUCUCAUCAGUUCCAUCAUGGGCGCAAUGCAUCUUUCCCUCAUUAUUAUUUACCCUCAACAAGUCGUCAACAUCUUCGGUUCCAGCUUGAAGGGCUGGGAAGAGACUGCAUGGAUGACAGCAACUGCCACUUUUGGUACAUGGGCGGGAGUUGUGACUCUGGGCAGCUGUUUUCAUCUCAUCAAGCAUAUCCGUUUGCAGAUACUCGUGGGAACCAUGUGGCUCACUGCUUUCCUAGGAGCAAUGUCUUCUAUCAACCGAGAUAACAAGGGCUCCGCCAUAGCGUUCUCGUUUCUUGCCGGCUUUAUAGUCGCCUGGGCUCAGGAUGUCACAAUGAUGCUUGUCCAAUUCAUUACGACGGAUGAGAAUUUAGGCGUCGCUUUCGCUGUCGUCGCUGCUGCCCGACCUUUUUGUGGUUCUAUUUUCACCGCCGCCUUCAUCGCCGUCUACACCAACCGCUAUCCGCGCGAACUAACGACCCAUCUCAGUUCAGCGCUGCGUGGUACGGGAUUUCCACAAGGUUCUUUCUCUGGUCUUCUUGAGGCUGCCAAGUCGGGACAAAUAGAAGCUGUCAACGCUCUCCCCGGAAUGACGACCAAUAUUUCUCAGCUAGUCAGCAAGGCCAUGGCAGAUAGUUACGCAGCUUCAUAUGCGAAUGUGUACUAUUUCGCCGUGGCAUUGGGGGUCAUUCCAAUCGUAGCAAGUCUUUGCAUGAGGGAUCUCGACUCUUACCUAACCGACCACGUUCCGCAUCAACUUUAUGAUAGAAAGAACGCAGCUAAAGACAUACUCGAGGGUGAUUCCGAAUCACAGCCAUCUCCAACGAUACUUUCAAUUAAUGGAAAGAAUGAAAGCUAA